GAAGACGAGGUACGCCAGUUGUGUUUCGACGCUGCUUCGAGUUGAAUCAGUUACUGUUCCAUAUUUUCUGUAAAAUGUGUCGUUAGUUCUGAUACGAAGACGUUUACUUUUUUAAAUAAAUUUCUUAUCGGAUUAUCGUUAUUCUUCGAUACAUAUAAAAUAGCGAGUUGUUUAAUGUUCAAUUUAAUUCUUCUCAAAGUAAAGAGUGCUAUUGGAUGUAGUUUUUGGUACUUUAAAGUUUCUUAUGAUUCCAGUGCUUACUUUCAAUGUUAAAAUAUAGUCAAUGAAUGUAAAAUAAGACGUUGAAAAGUGUCUCUAGUCUUUACAGAUUGUCGUCGAAGCUUGGUUGUCUCAAAAUUGAACAAUGACGAAACAAUCUGUCUUUUCUUCUUCUUCAAUUUAUGAUGGCAGACUUUUACCUCAUAAUUUAUGAAACCAAUUAUUAUUGAGUAUCUAGUCGAUACUCAAAGUAUAAAGAUCAGAAUCUAUAUGGAUGUUCGAAUAUUUUCGUGUCCCACUAAAGGUGUUUCGUAGAAGUAGAAUGUCAUCUUAAUAAUAAAGAGAUCAACGGAGCAGUUGACUCAUUGCAGUACGGCGACGUUAGAGGAAAUCCUGGAUAAUUCGGACGGAGUAACGACACGAACUGUCUCCGAGAAGAUCAUGAGUAUCUGUAAAAAUACUAUACGUUGGGUGCUCUUUCUGGAUAUAUUACUUGCUUUAUCAGUCAUUGUAUUUCUAGCAGUAUUGGAAUUUGGGACAGUUCCGCAACAACAUAUCGGCUUUUACUGUAAUGAUCCAAAAAUUUCAUUCAAGUUCAUGGGAGAUACGAUUUCUAUUACAUUUUUGAUUAUUGGAUGUCUGUUAAUGCCGAUCGUCGUGAUGUGGCUGUCUGAAUUCGUAUGCUACUCUGCAGAUAGCUAUGAUACAGAAUUAGGAUGCGCGGGUUCAAGAGCAAAACAAAUAUGGUUGUGGUAUGGUCACUAUUCGAUCGGAAUAAUUGCCUUAACGUUUAUAUGUGAUGUUAUGAAAACUCUGGUGGGCGAACCAAGACCACACUUUUUGGAUACGUGUAAACCACGAGAGGCAGAAAAUUGCACCAAUGAAUAUGUGGAAAAAUAUACGUGUACAAAUACAGAACAUUCAGAAUGGUUUGUCUCGGAUUCUAGCAAAUCAUUUCCAUCUGGCCAUUCUGCCCUCUCUAUGUUUACAACUACUUUUAUUGUGUGGUACUUACAACGCCGUUUACCAGAUCGGACGUUUUUCCUAAAACCGUGGUUACAAUGUAUAAUAUUUUUGUGGACUGUGAUAUGCUCAUUAACAAGGAUCGGUGACAAUAGACAUCAUUGGUGGGAUGUACUUGCAGGCAUCAUUUUGGGUUUCGCUUUUAGCAUGUUAACUGUUAUAGUGCCAUGCCGUAAGUUUCAUUUAAAUCAAAACGUCUCGCAAAUAUAUAGUGAGCCUGUAGAAAGUGAACAAAUUAAUUUCAACAAGAGAAAACAAAACACCAAGAAACUUUUACAUGAAACAAUAAUUGAUCCUUCGGAAAGUCGUGAAUUAAAGAACAUUAAAUCAUCAACCUGGAGGGAAUAAAAAUAUUUGAUAAGAGAAGAUUUAGAGAGGAAUUAUAAAUGUUUUAUUGUAUAAAUGUUCAAAAUUUCUAGUAGAAUUUUACGCCUUAUACAAAAUGUUUGAUAUGACAUGCCUAUUAUAUUUAAAAAAUUUAGUUCUUCAUAUAAUUGAUAAUAUAUUCAUAAAAUAUUCAAGAAGAAAGGGUUAUAUUUUGUAGUUUAUAUUGACAAAUAUUUUAUUGUAAGUAUUUAACCAAUGUAUAUAAUUACUAUAAUUUGGUAGUGAUAUUAUAUUUACGAUCUGCGUUUAUCAAAAUAAUUUUUAAAAAGCUAGACCGUAACGUCAAAUGUUUGUUAAUUGAACUGUAUUAAUCGGACAUAUCUAAUUGUACAUGUGUGAUUUUAGUUAAUUAUUCAUCAUGUUCAUAUUUAUAAUAUUAGACGGUAAAACAUGAUAAUGAAUUCUGUUUACUUGUUUAGAGACGGAAAAUAUCUUGUUUGAAAGUAGGAAACUUCUUUUCCACUGUUUGACGAUACUAUUACACAUUAAUAAUUAUGUCAAAUAGAAUAGCAGAGCUGGAAACAUGAUUAACGGAAUGGAUAACGUGUAAGGGAAGGGCAAGAGAAGUACAUAGGUACAUACUUACAUAGUGCUUUCUAUCGCUCACACGCAUCCUAUAUGGUUUUAUUUGUAUUUGGGAUAUUUUCGGUCAAUACGCUUGCUUAUCUUUAUAACUGUGUCGGGUCUAUCAGAAAUAAUCAAUUAGACCCACAUUCUUUUAUCUAGCCAUCUUUCGGCUCUGUAUUGUACACCUCACUGAUUUUGAUAGUCUUGAAAUAUGUUGUCAUGGUUAACGUCCUAAUUGUAAGUACAUAUAUGUAUAACUGUUUCUUAUACCGUAUAUAACCGUCGGUCAACUUUUGUAGUUUCCGAGUUAUGUGUAAAAAACUGCAGCUAAAUUUAAGCUAAGAUUAUAUUACAUUCUGGCGCUAUACUUUUUAUAUAAGCCAAUCUACACUUAAUUCAUUGAUGAUAAUAAUUUUGAAUACAAAUAAAAAAAAUUCAAAGGUUACAUUAAAUUGAUAUCCAGUCACCACUAACAAUAAGGUGAAAUAAUAUCUGAUGAAUUGUAUAUGAAAUGCUACAUUUUAUUCUAAUCUUUAGUUAGUUAAAACUGUAAUAAUUAUAGCCGUUAUUAUUGAAAAAUUAUUUACAAAAUACAACAUUUGUAAAUUAAUUUAUUGCGUAACAUACUAUCAAAUAUAUUGUUGUAUAUUUUGAGAAAUAAGACCGAUCGAUGGUUAUAUGUAUAGGAAAAUGCUACUAAGAAAUAACAUAUUUGAAGGUCAUCGAAAUUAACGAGAUAUGCUCUAUUUUAUAUAAUUACCAUAUGUUACAAAAAAUGUUCCCUUAUUUUAAAGCAACAGUGUUGAAAACAAACAAAAACUUCUUUUGUUAGCUUUCUCUACACUUAAAAUUAAUGUAAUAAAAAUAAGGAGAAUUAUUUUUUUUAACAUUUUUUUUAAUAUGAAAUAGAUCAAUAAUUCAUUUUUAAUUACACAUUUUAAAUUUAUAUAAUAUUUGUAUUAUUUCUAAGCAUAUUUAGAUGUAAUACACGUAUUUCAGAGUAUAAAUUGAACAAAUACAGAGUGCUGUGAGAAUAAUAAUGGGAUCAAGAAAGUAGAAUAAUGUAGAAUAAAAAUCUUACUAGUUUAUAGCCAAAGUUCUAUCCUUGAAAACAGAAACUGUAGAAAUAUUUGAAUAAAUAAUUUUACUAAUUAUUAAUAUAUCACAUGAAUAUUAGUACAUAUUAGUACAUGAAUAAAAAUUAUUAUACUUUUUGUUUAUAGAUCACAAUUUUAUAUAAAUAUAAUCUUUUCAAUUAUAUUAAUUAUUUUCAAUUUCUAUAGAAGUUGAAAAGAUAGAAAUUGAUUUGGAUUAAGUUUUAUUCUAACUAAUAAUUUUGGCUAUCAUAUUUUAUUUAUUAAACUUUGAUAGAAUAUUAUUUUUCUCACUUACUUUCUUAAUUUCUUGAUAUGCCGAAUAAAAUUUUUGGGGAUAACUUUUCCUCUUGCUCAUGGGUACAGUAAAUAUAUUCAAAUAAUAAGUUCCAAUAAUAACAUUCCAAGUUCUGUAUUUAUAUUUUUCUCUUGAUUAAGAUUAUUGAAAUAUAUUGCAUAUUGCAUUAAUAAUAUUAUAUUAGUAACAAUCAUAAUAGUAGUAAUCAUAGUGAUUUGCAAUAUGUCUUUACGACAAUCAGAAAAAUCAUGAUGCUCUGCUAGUUGAAAUUUGUAAUAUAUUAAAUUAAAAAGUAUGAAUAUAUGUAAUUUUAUACUAAUGUACAUGUAAUUGUGUAUACAUUGAAAAUUAUUUCUUAAAUUUAGACAGAAUAUAUGUUUCAUGAUGUAUAAUGCUCAAAAGUUCUGGUCAAUUCUAUCUUUUAUAAUAUUUAAAAAGGCAGAAAACAUUCUCAUGGUGGUAAAACAUAUCGUGCUAGGUAUAAAAUAAAUUCCAUUAAUGUUUAUGCUUAAUAUAUGUCUUUUGCAUUAAAUGAUUCAACUUUCAUGAAACUUGAAUGCUUAUAGUAAUCUAUCUGUGUAUUUUAUUUAAAAACAAAGACAUUUUUAUUAGGUAAAACGAAACCUGGCGAUAUUAACAAAAGUAACAUCUAGUAUAACAUUACAGUCGAACAAUAACAUGUAUUAGGUUAUGCGACAAAAUAGUCGCUUUAGUAACGUUAUAAAUUGAAUGUUUGAUUGAUGCGAUAUAAAAGAAAAAUGACGUCAUGUAGUCGUGUCGUCAAAUGCGCACACGUCCAUAUAAACAAAUACGUCUUUCCAUAAGUAACAAAUUGUCGGUAGUGCACGAGAGCUCUUAAACAAAAUUAUGAAUGAACAAAAUUUAUUUAGCGAUAAUGGAGAUGGAAGAAAAGUUUUAUAUUUAUUUCUGAUUUAUGUUGGUUUUGAUGUCGAAACAAUAUCCAGUUAGUGUGUUUCUUCUUUAAAGCCUCUUACUUAAAGCGAGAGAGUCAUCCUGUAUAAUGAAUAUAUGCACUCAAAAUAAUCUAAAUGAAAAAAAUUUUUUUUUCAUUAGUUUAUUAAAGCAGUAUUGACAUUUCGUUUUAAAUUAUCUAUCAUAUAAUAGUAGUAUUUUAAGUAUUUUACUUUAGCUCGUAUGUACACGUAGACACCAGUAGAAAUAGAAUUGACAUUAACAUAGAAAUUAUAAAAAAUAUAUAUGUAUUCUUUUCCUGAAGAUAUAAAUAAUAUUACUCACUACAUCUUAGCAGAUAGAUACAAAAACUAUAUUUUUAACUUACUUCAAUUAAUAUACUUAUGUUUUUGUUAAAGGAAAACAGUUUGCAAUUUUUUGCAAUUUUAUGUCUUUUUUCAUAAAAUGGCUUUAAUUCGUAACGAAAUAGACAAUGCAAAAUAGACUCGGACAGAUAGUAUAAUAACAUUCCUUAGGUUUAGAUAUCCUAAAAUUUAACAUAUAAAAUUUCAUAAACGCAGUUCCAUUGCUAUUCAAAAUCUUGUAACAGAGGUUUGAAUUAGUUGACUGUUCUUUUUUUCUUAUAUUUGUUACUUUAGCACUUGACUACUUAAUCAGACCCAAUCAUUUUUUAUCAGUCUGUUUGAUUCUAAGUGAAGAAUUUGUUUCAAAAAUAUUUAACGUUUAAUUUCGGCUUCUUUAGUUUUCACUAAUAGCCACAAUGCCAUAAAAUGCAUAAUUAAAUUUUUUGUCCAAGAUUGACCUUUUCUUUUUUCUUUUCAUUGUAUUAUUAUUUAUUUAUUAUUGCUUAGUCCGUGUCUUUCGGUUUUGAACGAGCUUUCGGUUUUACAUCUCGUUUACUUAUCUUACUUCUUAUAUAUCUACCUCCCCUCUUAUCCACUCUAUUAUAUUGCACUCCCUUAAUUAUUCUGUUUCUAAAACUAUGGCAACUUUUGGACUUUUGCCUCCUUGCUGUGCUUUCUUAUUGUCGUUCCUCCUCGUCUUGUAUUGCCCUUCUCUUCUCUAUUAUUGUUUUUAGUUCUGUUGGUCCUUCUCCAGUCUCGUUUAGUAUUUUUUCUGUGUCUUUUGGUCCUCCCGUUAUUUAGUAUUCUUCUAUUACAUGUCUCAGGUCUUCUUCUUUCCUUUUACAUAGCCUGCAUCUUUUUUCUCCCUCUUCUUUCCAGUAUUCUCAUGCUUUGAUCUCGUUUCCACAUCUGAAUCUUGCUAAUAUUUUUCUGUUCUUCCACUUCAUCCUCCCUUCUAAGUAUUUUGGCACUUUUCAUUGUAUUGGAAAAAUUAGAAUGGAAUUUUUUUAUUAUUAACGAUAUCUCAUUCACCAAAAAUAGAUUUGAAAUUUUAAUUAUGUUAUAGAAACGAACAUGCUACAAUGUAGCAUGAUGGAAAGGAAUGGGACGAUAAUAUUUUGAUUCAUUACACAUUUUAUUGAAAUAAUUAAUAAAAAAUAUCUGCUUAUAGAAAAUUUGGCUUAUCAAAUUUUCAAAACAGCCGGUGCAUUCUUAUUGUAGUAACUAAUUGAAACGAACUAGUUCGGGGACAGUAACUUUAACAAACAAUCACAAAUGAAAUGAAUGAAAAGUAAUUAAUGAUCCAGAGAAAGAGAUAGAUAGAUAGACAGAGAGAGAGAGAGAGAGAAAGAAAGGAGAAUAAGCCAGCAAAUUUUAUUGCAGAUUGUAAAAAAUUACUCAGCUUUUUUCACUCUAGAAGAUAAAUACUUUCCAAUGCAAAAUGAUCAGAAACAAUUGUGUUAAAGAAAUAUUCAAUUUUGCAGUUAAUAGUAUUUCAUUUGAAAAAAGGGAAAUAUUUCAUUUUAUUCGAGUGAAGCUUAAGUUACAAGAAAAGAAGCGGCUAAUUCAAAUUUCCUACAUAACUUGGAGUAUCAGUAGAGUUGUAUUUAUAGAUUUUUAACAUGCGGUUAUUCAAUUUUCGCUAUCUAUAGCCAAAGAGCACCUUAAGGCAUGUUAAGUUAUUAGAAGAAAGAUUUAAAUAAAACUAUUUAAUAUUAUUAUAUAAUAUUUUAAUUAUGUAAUAUUUUUGUAAACUGAAAUUUUGUAAUAAGUCGCUAUUCCAAUUUAUGAAAAUUCUAUGUCUUUAUUACAUUCCAAAAUCUUCAGUGAUAUAUCGUCAAUAUCCAUUAAUGUGUGUAUAUAUAUCUAACAAAUAUAUGUUUAUAAAUAUGAUCAGCAUUAAUGAUUCCGUCCAAUGAUAUUACAUUGUAAACUAUGAUUGAAGAAAAAUGAAAUUUGAUUAUGAUAAAAUAUUUAUUCUUCUUUACAGUUUAACAUAUGAAUAUUAUAAUAUUUAAUACCGUAAAAUACUUUCGACUUUCCUUGGGUUGUCAUGCAGCUAAAUUAAUAUUUUUCCAGCUUCAUAGCUAGAUAAUUAAAAAUUUAGUAUCGAAUUAAUAUCGUUAUAUAUCUUUUAGUUAUUAUCUGUUUAAGAUAUCUGUUGAUAUGUCAUUGAUCAUCAACUAAACGGAGCUUCUAAUCGAUUAGCUAAGAAUAACUGAUUAGAAAACAGACGAUUAGGCUUCAGCAGUAUCUUGUAUUUGUAUUUAUAUUGUUUAGGUAUAAUAUUUUUGUAAUUCAUUGUAUGAUAUUUGAUUCUAUGAAAGUAUCUCCACUUUGUCAUAUUCUAUUGGAAAAUAAUUGGAUGAUUUAAUAUUAUUUCCUCACUUCAUUAUAUACUCAUAUUUCGUCUUGAUAUUUUAGCAUACAGUUUUUUUUUUCGUAACAAUAAAUUUUUGAGUGUUAAAUUAAGAUUUUAAUGCAAUAUGAUACAGGGUGGUCCUCUUGCUAGAGGCUACGGUGAGAGAAGUUGCCGUUGAUCCAAAAAUAAGAGUGUGAAAAUAAGAAUGAUUUCAAAUGCAUUAUACAUACCCCCAACACAGGCUGUAUCGGCAUCCUUGAUGUUCAAACAAUGACCGAUCAACGGUUUCUUCUUUCAGGAGAAUUUGGAGGAAAAACAUUUUAAUCAGGUGAAAGUUUGUCAGAAUUUCUUUCUUAACAAUGGUCAGAUAUCUAAUCAACUUUGUAUUAAAUACAAUCGUUUACAUUUGUAUAAUAUUAUCCGUUUAUAUUUAAUUUGCUAUUAAUGUUUACACUAGCAAUGUAUAGAAAUUGUGAUAUAUUGGAAAGAAUUUGAUUGUAUGCAAAUGAUACUUAUUCCAAUAUAACAUCGCACCUUUUCUAUAUAAUAUUUAUAUUAUUCCAAUACUUUAUGUAAAAAACAAUAUUUGGUUUUGAAGAAGAAAAGUAUACAUACAUAUCUAAAUACAAACAUUCUGAUGUUAUUAAAAAAUGUUGUCUGUUCAUUCUUUCAUUAGAAAAUAUAUUUUUUUUCAAUAUGAACAACGAUACUGUUGUUUAUCGCACACAUUACUCUAUUGUAUUGUAUACGAUACAUAUAUGGAUAUGCAUGAGAGAAAAUAUAAAGCAUCAAUCAUAUUCUUCAUCAAUCUCUUAAUGUAACAAUUAUACAAAUCUGUAAAAUAUUCUUUUUAUAUAUUUUCACAUAUAAUAUCACGUGAUAUACAAUGUAAAAGAAAACAUUAAAAAAGGAUAUUACGCCAUUUUUUAUAAAUCGAUGUACUUCUAAAUAAAUAUUUAUUAGUAGAAAAUAAUGAAACAGCGAAGUUUGUUGUUAAAAAUAUUAAAAAGACGAAAAAAGAAAGUUUAUUAUUUUUCUUUGAAACUAAAUAACAAGUCUGUGUUGGUGAAAUUGUGAAUUACAGAAUCCUUUGUUAUGGAAUUUAGCACUGAAGUGCCAUUAAGAAUACUAAAUACUAUACAAAUUAUCAAUUAAUUGAACUUUUUUCUAAAGAUUAGUAAGUCAUGCUCACAUUUUAUGAAAAAGAUGAAAAGAAAUAAUAGUAAUAUUUACAUUUAAAGCUACUUAUAAUAUUUAUGAACAUGAAUAUAUGUAGCAUGCGAGUAUAAAAAUUCCAACAUAUGAUAACUGCUUAUUAAUGCGAAUGAUUACAAAAUAAUAUAAAAUUAUAAAACUGUGCAUUAGAAAAUAUUAAAAUACCAAGAGAUCAAGACGAAUUAUAUGAAAAGUAGAAUAUUUUUCUGAAUGGUUCUCGGUGUUUAAUAGACGUGAAAUUUGGUAGGUGUUAUAAAGUUUGUGAAAAGACUCAAACAAUAAAAUCUUCGGAAAAUCAUGCAUUCUGAAAAUACAGGAUCAUAUACAUAUAUUUACAUAUGUAUAAUAGAUGUUCGUUGCUAUUAGGUUGUGCUGGCGACAGUGAUAUAUGGAUAUAAUCCAGAUCAAUGCCAAUAACCCUCUUUAAAAGGAGCUAAUCAGUUUUUUCGCUUAUUGAGCGUUUUUGAGCCUAAUAUAUACGUACAUAUAUUCAUCCCUCAGUUACAUAAAAAUACAUGUAUGUAUAUCAUUCAUACUUGCAUUCUUAUAGGUACUAAUUAACGAACAUUGCUUCUAAUAACAGUAAAGAUCUAUCAUACAUAUAAUAUGUAGAAAUGAAUUCUUUCCGACAAUAAAACUUUUAUUUUACACAAAAAUUGGAAAAAUUUGUACAUCAAUUACACAUAAAGAUCUAUACCUUCCAAACGCAUGAUUUUUCGAAGCUAAGAUUUUAUAUGUCAAAUUUCUACUAUCUCAUUCGUGUUAUCAAUAUGGUAUCAACCAAGUUUCGUUUCGAUUGACCACUGGGAAUACUCGGCACAAUAGCUGAAAAAUGUUACAUGUAAUAUGUAUCGUUUAUUUCUCUAAGAAUGGAAUGAAAUUUGUAUAAAAUGAAAUACACACAAAAAUUGAAAUAAUUUAUGUAUCAUCUUUGCACAUUUUCAACAUUCAUGAGAAAAAAAAUAUAUUUGCGAAGUACAAAACAUUGUCAUAAUACUAUCUACAUUACUGUAUUGCAUUCAAGGUGUAUUUAUCGUAAAAUUAUGUUUCUUAAUUCAGCAAUUAAAAAUAUACGUUUAAUAGAUUUUAAAUUAUCAGAAGAUUAUCGUUGAAUUUUUUAACAAUUUUGCUUAAUCUUAACCACAUUUUAUUUGUCGUUUUAUACUAGCACUAGCAGAGUAUUUUGAUUAAAUAAUUUGUUUAAUAUUAAAAUGACACUCCUAUUUUCUAAUUUUAUUUUUUCGAGCAGGAAUCUGUAUAAAUUUUCCUGGUAAUUCUAAAUUUAUUAAUUAAUACGUCAUGCAACCUGUAUUUAGAAAAGAAAAAGUAUUAUUAUACACAAAAGCACAAGUUCUACAUAACGCAAGUUUUCGAGUAUACCAUAUUUAUUUCAAUCAUUUACUUUUUCCGUAAUUACACGUAUUUUUAGGCCUCUUAUGCAUUAAGAUAUCCGUGCAUAGGGCAUAUGCAUCUAAAGUUGAAUAUUAGUAACUUAUAAUAAUAGUUGUAUUAUAUUAAAUUAAUACUGUACUCGUACAAACACAGUUAACACAACUAUUGCAGUUAGUACAAAUAGAAAAAGAAUUAAUACGAAUUGAUAGAAAUAUAAAAAAAGACCAAUUUCCUUAAAUAAUAAUUUACGAUUAUAUGAUUUUUAUGUAUUAUUCCAACAUUCCAUUUGUGAUUCAGCUAUAAAAUUUAUGUAUUUAAUAUUGUUAUAAUAUGCGUUUAGAUGUUGAGUACAGAAUUUUUUAAACUUUAGAAUAAAAUAUAUAGUUAUUGUAAAAGCAAGCUUUUUCGAAGUGAACAAAUGUAUUAUGAAACUUAUAUGUAUAUGAAAAUAUGCAAUUUUUAAAUGUUCAUUAUUUUUCACUUGGGUCAAAGGAAAAAAGCAUGCUUAAAAAUAAGAAAGGAGAAUUGUUUUAUGAAUUCUUCGAGGUUUUACAAAAAAGAUACUGUUCAGAUGAACUUUGUAUUAAGUGAUAUUUCUUUAUAAUAUACAAUAUACAAGAAGAGUACAAAUUGUAAUAUAUCUAAUACCGUCAUAGUAAUGAUAUUGGCACAAAGUUUCCGCAUGAUUAAAAACGUGUUUGAGUAUUUUUAAUACUUCUAUGUAUUAUUGGUUGGCAACUGAUUGCGGAAUUUGUCAAUAGGUGGUCUUAGCUCAUUCUUUUGUUUUGUCAACGUGUUCAAAGCAUCUAACCUAUAUUGUUUCCUUGUUGUUUGGACUUCCACCUUUAAUUUAGUAUCGAUUAGUUAUUUACUUUCGUUUUUAUUCCAAUUUAAAAAUGGAAGAACAAAACGCGCAUUUCAGACAUAUUUCAUUGUAUUAUUUCCGAAAAGACAAGAACGCAUCGCAAGCGCACAAGAAGUUAUCUGCCGUAUAUGGGAAUGAGGCCUCGAAAGAAAGGCAGUGUCAAAAUUGGUUUGCCAAAUUUCGUUCUGGUAAUUUUUCACUGAAAAAUGCUCAACGAUCUGGCCGUCCAGUUGAAGAUGAUGAAACCCAUAUCAAGGCCACUAUCGAUUCAGAUCGUCAUAGCACAACGCGUGAGAUUGCAGAGAAGCUCAAUGCAUCGCAUACAUGCAUUCAAACAAAAAUUAAAACAGCUUGGAUAUGUCAAGAAACUCGAUUUAUGGGUCCCUCAUCAGCUUAAGGAAAUUCAUUUGACGCAACGCAUUAGCAUCUGCGAUUCGCUUCUGAAACGCAACGAAAUUGAUCCAUUUCUGAAACGACUGAUUACUGGCGACGAAAAGUAAAUAGUAUAAAACAACGUUAAUCGGAAAAGAUCGUGGGUAAUGCAAAAUGAACCAACAGACACCAAAAGCUGAGAUUCGCCCAAGCAAGAUUAUGCUUUCAUUUUGGUGGGAUUAUAAAGGAAUUCUGUACUUUGAACUUUUAGCAAGAAAACAAACGAUUCAUUCAAACGUGUACGUUCAAUAACUCACCAAACUGAAUGAUGCAGUUCAAUAAAAGCGACCAGACUUGGCAAAUGGUAAGGUUGUUCUUUUCCAGCAUGAUAAUGCAAAGCCCCAGACAUCUUUGGUCACUCGCCAAAAAUUAUUGGAACUAUGGUUGGGACGUAAAAGUACAGAAUUCCUUUAUAAUCCCACCAAAAUGAAAGCAAAAUCUUGUUUGGGCGAAUCUCAGCUUUUGGUGUCUGUUGGUUCAUUUUGCAUUACCCACGAUCUUUUCCGAUUAACGUUGUUUUAAACUAUUUACUUUUCGUCGCCAGUAAUCAGUCGUUUCAGAAAUGGAUUAAUUUCGUUGCGUUUCAGAAGCGAAUCGCAGAUGCUAAUGCGUUGCGUCAAAUGAAUUUCCUUAAGCUGAUGAGGAACCCAUAAAUCGAGUUUCUUGACAUAUCCAAGCUGUUCUAAUUUUUGUUUGAAUGCAUGUAUGCGAUGCAUUGAGCUUCUCUGCAAUCUCACGCGUUGUGAUAUGACAAGUUGAAUCGAUAGUGGCCUUGAUAUGGGUCUCAUUAUCUUCAACUGGACGGCCAGAUCAUUGAGCAUUUUUCAAUGAAAAAUCAACAGAACGAAAUUUGGCAAACCAAUUUUGACACUGCCUUUCUUUCGAGGCUUCAUUCCCAUAUACGGCACAUAACUUCUUGUGCGCUUACAAUGCGUUCUUGUCUUUUCGGAAAUAAUACAAUUAAAUAUGUCUGAAAUGCGCGUUUUGUUCUUCCAUUUUUAAAUUGGGAUAAGAAUGAAACUAAAUAACUAAUCGAUACAAUUUUUUUACUAAAUUGAAGGUGGAAGUCCAAACAACAAGGAAACAAUAUAAGUUAGAUGCUUUGAACACGUUGACAAAAGAAAAGAAUAAGUUAAGACCACCUAUUGACAAAUUCCGCAAUCAGUUGCCAACCAUAGUAUUAAUAUGAUUCUACAAAUAUAAUAUUUGUAUCAGUACAUAGAAAAACAAACAAAUUACUUAUUAAAUACAUUAUUUGUAAACGAUAUGUAAUAUGCAUAAGUAUACGUGUUGCAAGAAGUCGUAAGAAAGUAUUUUCACUGUAAUAUGUAACAUAUUGUAGAUAAGCAGUUGCCAAUAAAUGUUUAUUUUUUAUAUGUAAAUAAAAACAUGUAUUUUGUAUUAAA